AGAAAGCUCCUUCUUUUAAAAAACCAAAACCUGCCCCAUAGCUAUACUGAUAUUAUUAUUAUACUCUUCCUUGCUUCUUCCCAUGGAGAACAAGAACAACAACAAAGCCAUGUCGGAGGGUCCUCUUCAUCCACGAAUUUUGAUCAGCUUUUUGGUCCCAAGGACCCCUCAUCUACCUUCUCAUCCUCCUCCAGCAUCUUCGGCUCCAUUUUUCCUCCUCCCUCAUCUGCUGUAGGAGGGAGUGACUCGAGAAAGCAAGAUCUGGGAAGCAAAAAUUAUGGAGCAGUAGGUGGCAAAGGUGAAAGCAGUGGUGGCGUAUCUGGCAAGAAUUAUCAGAAUGAGAGUACAAUGGAGCCCAGCAACUACUACACCUCAUCCAUCUACUAUGGUGGUCAAGAAAAUUAUUUCCCAAAAUCCAGGACCACUGAUUCCCACCAUAAUGUUAAGAAAGAUUCCGAUAACGAUGAUCCCAAUGGGAACGAUCCAAACAGCGCUUCAAGAGGAAAUUGGUGGCAAGGUUCCCUUUAUUAUUAGCUUAACCCUAUAUAUUACAAGAAAAACCCACCGUCCUGACCAGGAUAAUGUUGGUAGGGUUAUGCAAAUAAAACAUAGUGCAGCGUGCUACGCAGAACUUUGUCGAUACCAAGUACUGUUUUGGAGGUGGGUCCUUAAUAGCUACUUUAGGUGGUAAUCCACUGAUCCAACAGCAGUCAACAGACCUUGAUACCAUGUUAAUAAUACAUAGUAUUCUAGUUUUCUGUCUUUUUCCGGGAAAAAGGUUUCAUGUGGGUAUAACUAAUCUUAACCUGUAGACUUAAAACGCUGUAUGUGUACUGCAUAUACUAUGUAGUCCUUUAGAGCUAAGGACAUAGAAAUUGUAGUAGCUCACUAUGGCUAAUUUCAAGAUUCCCUGUUUUGUGUGUACAUACGUGCCUCCCUAUAUUACAUGUUCAGCUGUACUCCAAUUAUGGAAACAAAACGAAUGGCUUCUCAGUUGUUAACUUAGUAUAUAAUGGAGAGAUGCAUAUAUUCUC